AUGUCCUCCAACGUCGGACUCACCACACCUCGCGGUAGUGGCACAUCAGGCUAUGUGCAACGUAACAGCGCCUUCAUCAAGCCCCGGUCCACCGGAUCCGGCGCACCAUACCCACCUCUAGGCAGUGGCCCCGACCGUGGAUUCAAGCAGCGUGUUCCCGAUAAGCAAAUCCUGGAACAUGAUCGCCGGCGCGCAAUCGAAGUGAAGGUUAUGGAGGAGCGGGAACGACUAGAAGAGGAGAAUGAACGUAUUGAAGAGGAGUGUGCGAAGAAGAACAAGAAGAAGGAUACGACUGAGGAAGGAGAGGAAGAUGAAUCCGAGGAGAAGAUUCUCACUGAAGAAGAGAUCGAUGAACGGUGUGAGGCUUUACGGGCUAAAUUGAUUAAGGAAAUGGAGGAGAGUGGAUCAAAGGAGAGGGAUGCGCCGAGGAGGAAGUGGGAUUUGGGUUCUGGUUCUGGGUCUGGGAACCAGAGGGAUCGGAGGUUGAAGUCUUAUCAAGUUCAUGAGCUUGCGGAGGCGAAGAUUCAGGAGAGUGAGAGGUUGCGCAGGGCUUUGGGUAUUCGCGAGGAUCGGGAGACUGGGGAAAUCAGUAGCCAGCGCGCCGAGAGAAGGCCGAGGGAUUAG